ACAACCAGAUUUUAAAUGUUUCCGACUGCACAGGGAAAAAAUGAUUUUUAGAAGCCUGCAGAAAUGCAAUGUUUUUGAAUUUUUAAAUCAUCCAAAAAUGCACAAUCCCCGGGCGUUCAUUAUAAUCCAGUGGCAAUGCCAUCUCCUUCCCAUCUCCCUGCAUUCUGUAUAAAGGAUCAAUUGAAGGAGGCUCUACGUGUUCUGCGUGCGACACACAAAUCCAUUCUAGACUACUCUUUAUAUCUUCAAUUAUUGCAAAGCUGCGCUCCCAAAAAUGCGCUUUCAGAAGCUAAGCAAAUCCACUCUCUCAUCGCUUACAGGGGAUUUACAUUUGCUGUACCCACAUUUUUUCAAAACAAUCUUAUCAACUUGUAUGUCAAAUGCGGAAAGUUGGUGGAUGCUCGUCAAGUUUUCAAUGACAUGAAAGAACGAGACAGCUUCUCAUGGAAUGUCAUAAUUGCAGGUUACGGAAAACAUGGGUAUCCACAAGAGGCAUUGACACUGUUUCACCAAAUGCAACGAACAGGUGCUCAACCGGAUCAGUUCACCUUUUCCAGCAUACUUCAAGCCUGUGCCAAAGUAAGAGCUUUGGAACCGGGCAUGGACAUCCAUCAAAGCAUAGUGGAGAGGGGAUUGUGGUCACAUGUUGUAGUUGGAAGUGCCCUGGUACACAUGUAUGCAAAAUGUGGAAGCGUACACAAAGCGCGCGAACUGUUUGACAAAAUGCCUCAAAGAAAUGUGAUCUCCUGGAAUGCUAUGAUUUCAGGAUAUGCCCAAAAUGGCUUUCUUGAUGAGGCUUCAAGGCUUUUCGAACAAAUGCCCGAGAAAAAUGUGGCCUCAUGGAAUGCAUUGAUUGCAGGAUAUGCACAAAAAGGAUUUGAUGAAGAAGCCUUGGAAACUUUUAAGCAAAUGGAGUCGGAAGGUGUAAAGCCAAACUCCACAACCUUUGCAAGCGUCCUCCCCGCGUGCGCCAAAAUCAAGACCUUGGAACGGGGUAUGGACAUCCACCAAAGCAUAAUUGAAGCCGGAUAUUUGUCCGAUGUUAUUGUUGCAAGUGCCCUGGUAGACAUGUAUGUAAAAUGUGGAAGUGUAGAAAAUGCACGAGAACUGUUUGAAAAGAUCCCUCAACGAGAUGUGGUCUCAUGGACUGCAAUGAUUGCAGGAUAUGCACAAAAUGGGCUACUUGAAGAGACUUUCCAAACUUUUAAGCAAAUGCAAUUGGCAGGUGUGAAACCAAACGCUACAACCUUUGCUUGUAUCCUCCCAGCCUGUGCCAAAAAUGGAGCUUGGAAGCAGGCUAUGGACAUCCAUCAAGGAAUAAUUGAAAGCGGAUUUUCGACAGAUAUCAUGGUUGUAAAUGCCCUGAUAGACAUGUAUGCAAAAUUUGGAAGAAUAGAGAAGGCAAGUGGACUAUUUGACACAAUGUCUCAACGAGAUCUGGUUUCAUGGAAUUCAAUGACUGCAGGAUAUGCACAAAAUGGUAUUCUUGACAAGGCUUUAGAGCUUUUUAAUGAAAUGCCUCAAAGAAAUGUGGUCUCAUGGACUGCGAUUGUGGCAGGAUAUGCACAGCAUGGGUUCUUCGAAGAGGCUUUACAAAUGUUUAAACAAAUGAAAUUGGCAGGUGUAGAGCCAAACUGCACAACCUUUGCCAGCAUCCUCCCAGCCUGUGCCAAGAUGGGAGCUUUGGAACAAGGUAUGGACAUUCACCAAAGCAUAAUUGGAAGUGGGUUUGCACCAGAUGUGGUUGUUAUAAAUGCAUUGAUAGACAUGUAUUCAAAAUGUGGAAGUAUACUGAAGGCACGUGAGCUAUUUGACAACAUGUCUCAACGGGAUUUGGUUUCAUGGAAUGCCAUGAUAGCAGGAUAUGCACAAAAUGGCUUUUGCAAGGAUGCUCUCAGACUCUUUGAGCUAAUGCAAAACUCUGGAACAUGCCCUGAUCAUGUAAGUUUUGCUUGUAUUCUAUUUGCAUGCAGCCAUGCAGGUUUAGUGGAUGAUGGCUGUAAAUACUUCCAUGCAAUGAGUGACUCUUGUUGCAUUACACCUACAAUUGAUCAUUAUAUGUGCAUGGUUGACCUUCUUGGUCGUGCUGGCUAUCUUGAGGAAACCUUAAACUUUAUCAUCAAAAUGCCAAUUAAACCUGUAGUGGUUAUGUGGACAUGUUUGCUUGGUAUCUGUAGAUCACAUAAAAACGUAGGGUUAGGAGUAUUUACAGGAAAUCUCCUUCUUGAGAUGGAUCCUAGAAAGGCUACAACUUAUGUUCUUCUGUCAAACAUCUAUGCAGAAGUGGGCAAACGGUGUGAAGUUCAAAAGGUAAGGAGACUGAUGAAAGAUAGAGGAAUUCAAAAGACACCUGGAUGUAGCUGGAUUGAAGUCCAUAAAAUAGUGCAUGCUUUCUGUGUGGGUGACAGAUCUCAUCCACAGACUAAGGAGAUUUGUGAAAAACUGGAGGAGUUGUCUUGGGAAAUGAAGGCGGCAGGGUAUUUUCCAGAUUCAAGACAUGCACUGAAUGAUGUGGACGAGGAGGACAAAGAAUUAUUUCUCUGCCACCAUAGCGAGAAGUUGGCAAUUGCUUUUGGAUUGUUAAACACCCCCCCUGGAACAACCAUUAGAGUUGUCAAAAACCUUCGAGUAUGUGUUGAUUGUCACACUGCAACUAAGUUUAUCUCUAAGAUUGUUUCUAGACAAAUUAUAGUGAGAGAUGCAACUCGGUUCCAUCAUUUCACACAAGGGCAAUGUUCUUGCUUAGAUUUUUGGUGAUGCUAAUUGAAGCAGCCUGUAAACAUAGGCUUGCUCAAAAUACAGGGCAUCGUGUCAGACCUGCAGUGACAUGAAGGGUUCAGUUUUUAUUUCACUUUCUAAGAAGUAUUUCUUCGCAAGUGUGGGGAGAUCUAGACCAUUCUAUUGGCUUCAUAAAAUCAGAUGUACCAUGCAAAGUGCAUCACCGUAUAUAUACACUGAUGUCCAAUGUGGAAGAAGGGCUGCAUCACUGUAUAUAUGUACUGAUGUCCAAUGUGGAAGAAGGGCUUGCAAUUGUAAAAUGCUUGGAAAUGAUCGAAAUUUCUUGAUAGUUUUUCACUUCAACCUUUGUCUUUUAUAUGUUUUUUUUUUUCCUUCAUUAAUUGUAAUAU